UCCCGAUUUUCCUUUGAAGUUGAACGUUUGGAUUGGAAGGCCUUCUUUGUGAAUUUAACAGUAUAAUUUCCCUCCGAUGUUUUAGUAAGUCAUGCUUUUAGCAUGACUAGUUCGAGGUGUGCGCCCGAUGGAUCUGAUUUGGACGACUGUUGUUCGAAUGCAUUCGCACUGACUGAUCUUUGUGGCCUGAAGUGGCGGAAGUAUGUUUAUGUUUGGAACAAGGUGACAGACACCUCCCCCUCUGGGGAUCCAGUUUUGUGUUCCUUCUCCUCUGUUUUGGAGCAAGACAUUCUCUGUGCCUGGAGACGAACACCUCAGCCACCUCAGAAGACCAARGAUGACAUAGUCAGAGCURGUAAGGAGUUAUGGGUUUUUUGGUAUGGUGAAGAGCCAAACUUUGGUGGAAUAGUAUCAUCUCGUCUUUCAGAAUCCAGUCAUGGCUGUUGGGAAGAUGGCUUGACACAUGAACCGAGGUCAUUGCUUUUCAAAGCACUGCAUAAUUUAUUGGAAAAAUGUUUAUUAUCAAAGAAGUUUAUAAGGCUUGGACGUUGGUUUGUAAAACCAGUCCUGAACAGCGAAGCAUCAGAGUCAACAAGUGACAACUUGUCGUAUUCAUUUUCCUUCUUCGUCCAUGGGGAGAGUACUGUUUGUACAACGGUAGAAAUUCAGCAGGGACCCAGAGUAAGACAUAUUGUUGUUGAUGACUUGAUUCUUGCCUCCACUAAAGCUGAAGGACUUCAAGUUACUUUAAGUCCUUUUGGUGAAAGUGGAUUUCUAACUGGCCAAUCACAGCCAAUCGAUGAUGAUAAGACUAACAAGCUACUUGAUGAUUGGUCAAAAUUCUAUCCUUUGGACCCAGGCUCCCACUGGCUGUCAGCAGACUCACCGGUGGACCGAGAGGUCCCUGCUAUCGUAAUGGUUGUCAGUAAUGAMGAAGUAAUGAUGUAUCCAUCAGCAUAUGUCACCAUAGUGUGCAGUGAUAAUUAUAAGGACAAAUUAACAACAAGUUCUGAAGGUAUGCCAUGCAGUGUUCCUUCAUCAGCMAUUUCUCUAACACCUCCCACAUCACCAGCUGACUCAUCAGAUCCUUCAAAAGGCUCUCUUAAACUACCGCCUUCAUUGCURUCUUCAAGCCRAGUCUCAAUACGUGCUGCACUACCCAAAACUAAUAGUGAUAAAAAGAAAUUAACUCAAACACUAAUGCAAGAUGUUUGGAAAGGUGURGCUGCCCCUAAACCAUCAGUGAGUAAAUUGACAACUGCUAAGCUGGUACCAAGCUUUGUAAAGGCUGAUCCUUCUCCACAACCUCCACCAGGGGGUGAAAUAAGUUUGAUUGGUCAGCCAUUAUGGGAGUUUGAGGAGCCUUUUAAACGCAUUUCUUGUGCUUGUACCUCGAGCAGCAACAUUAGCAGGCCAAAGCCAUCAACUCAAGUAAGGACAUCAUUUGGAUUCAACAGACCUAUUCCAUCCCCAAACCACCCUCUACCUUCACCACAACAGCAGCAACAACAACAACAACAACAGCAAACACAAACCACCAUGAAAUUAAAAAAGGAAAAGAAAAAGGCAAUAAUUCCUUUCCAUCAUCGGCCUCUUUUACAACAAGAUACACCUGAACCACCACUUAAGUGUUAUGCUGUCAUGGCAACCAAAGGAUUACCGACUGUUAACAGUUUAACUAGUGACAGCCAAAAAAGGUUUUCAGACUGUGCUGGCUCAAGUGUAACUGCCAAAAAGUAUAUUGUACCAGGACACAAUUCAAUAAACAAACACUCCUCUAGUUUGGGCACUUCUAAAGUAACUGCUAGUGGAACCUCUGCAGUCAAAAUGGAUACCAAGACAGAUGUCACAUCUAUCACUAAUAAAACUGAAAGCACCUUUGAAACUGCUAAUAAAAGUAAUUUUUCAAGUCAAGACUUUCAAGAUAAAUCAAGCUAUUCCACAACAAAACCUUCCSAAAGUGACAUUUGUUAUCUGUUACCUGGUGAAUCAAGUUUUGUUGCUCCAGUUCUUCCUGGAAAUUCCCUGGACUGUCGGUUAUUCCAGCCAUUACCUUCACCUCCUCCACUGCCUUCUCAGGAACCAAGCAAGCCAGUUCUUGACAGCAUUAAAAGACCACUUGAUGCAGAAAUAGAUGCAACCUCACCACCAGCAAAACGAAACAAAAGAGAAUCAUCUACAAAGUCCACAGGRUCAGGAAGAGGYAGGAAUGAAAGUGUGUCUGGGAGCAGUAGACCACGGGGCAGAAGAAACAGCUCCCUACAAUCCCCAACCAUCCUUCUUCCUCCAAGUCCAUUUCAUAAUAUCAARAUAGAAGACAAUGAUAUGGACAUAACACUACCGGUAUUAAAGUCACCAACGCAAGCACGUGUUUCCAGGCAGAGAAGACGGAGUAGCAACAGCAGUGUUGCAAGUCCAUCRAUUCCAUCGCCUGUACCCAUUGAACCUCAGAAACCAAGCAGACCUCGACAAAGGAGACAGAGCAUUCGUAAGCAACAGCAGGAGGAGAAGGAGAGGCAGCUCAGAGAACAAGAAGAAGAGAAUCUGAAAAGUUCACUUUUUAAUUUAMAUGAUACAUCAAUGCAGAAAUUUCUMCCAUCCCCACCAACUCCACGUCAAAACAUUCCAAUUAGUAAAAUGAGGACAGAUAAAGAUUUGAUGGUAACAGCUAACGACCUGGACCAACUAUUUGAUGAUGAUGAUGAUGAUGACGACGACGAUGCUUUCAAAAAGACACCAAACAAUGACACCAACUUUGGAUUUCAUAUUGGACAAGGCUCAUCUAGUAAACCUACAGACAUGUUCAGUUCAAGUCAAACAAUGGUGAAUCCAGGUGUUGUGCCAUCACAGGACCUUGCUAGAAUGUUCCCUACACCACCUUCAUUAGAACCAGUUGCACAUUCACCACCCUGUUCAACUGGGAGUGAUUAUAUCAGCCCUGGAAGUGUUAAAACAAUGGUAUGUGGAAUAGCAACAUCACCUGAGACUCACUCAUUGGGUACCAUGAUAAUGACGGAUGKAGAACACGACAGCAUCAUCAGUCCAAAGGAGCUCGGGUCUGUGUUUGAAAUUCCWACUGUAGAAGAGUUUCCUUUGUCAUCAAAAUUUGGACAAGUCGAUGGUCUUCCAAGCCAGAAAAAGCAUACUGUCAAAAUGUCUGAGAACUUGAUGUAUAAGCCACGCAGUCAGGUGCUUCAAAGUACAGACACCAAAAGUGAAAUAACGAAAAAUGAAAGAUAUAUUGUUGAAAGUGAUGCAACAGAGAUCACUCCUGCGGCAAUCCUACCAUCUCCAGCCCAAGGCAGUUACCUUGGUGACAUACCAAGUGUCAGCGCUGAUUCUCGUCAUUAUACUUCUUUAUCUCCCCUUUCUCCAGCAUCAUCCAUAUCAUCUUUUUCCAUUACACAUAAUGUUUCCAAACACAAAACUACAAACCUACCUUCUAAACUUCUUGUGGACUUUUUACAACAUUCAAACUCAAUUAGCAAAGUGUUGACACUUUCUGACUCAUGUAAAAACUACUUUAGCGAUAAAAACUUUGAUAAUGUGAAUCUCUGUGGCUGUGAUGAGCACAGUUUUGGCGAAUCAAAGACUCUCAAAUACAAAGCAUUUGCUUCAAAAUUAUGGGAUACUCAACAUUGCACCUGUGGAUUUUUAACAUUUGAAAAAUUGAAAUUCUGCAAAGGACAGGGACUUUUUCCAGAGGAUGAAUUGGGGAAAACACUUGUUAAUAAGGACAAAAAUACAACUGGACAACCUUCUUCAGCAAUUGUGGAAGUAAAACGAGAAAAACAAACUACAGUUUCUCUGCAAAGUGAUUCAAUGUUCARCAGUCUUGUGGAUAUUGUCAUUGAUCAGUGCUCUUCGCCUUUCUCUUGCUCCAUGAUUAAACAACAGAUAACGAAACAGAAUGGAAGUGUGUCAUCUGUGGAGAGUGUGCCUACAACUAAAGCUGUAACUGCUCUGCAUGGUGUCAGACAAAUUCUCCAGGAAGCUUUGCAGAAGUCAACAAGCAGAAAGACGUGGGAGCAGCCCAAUGGUACAAUGGUCCAGGGACCUCUUUCRUGGAAGCAGUUUCAUCAAUUGGCUGUAAAAGGUGGAGAAGAAACACCGCAAGCUCAACCUGUUCCUUCUAUGAUUGUUGGUAAUAGUGGAGACUGGAUUUCACUGUCUCCAUUUUCAUUCCACUUUUGGGAAAAGCUUUUGCUGGAACCAUUUUCUUCCAAACAAGACAUCGCCUAYGUUGUGGUUGCUCCUGAAAAUGAUCCCGUUCUUACGAGUACAAAACUGUUCUUCAAAGAACUCAGUUCUUUGUAUGAGACUUGUCGAUUAGGCCAACAUGUUCCUAUUGCUAAGAUUCGAGAUGGCAUCCUUCGAGUUGGCCAGAAGUCGCUAAAGCUAUGUAAAGAGAACGUAGAUGAUUGGUUUUCACAGCAAAGUAAUACUAGCGAAGGAGCAAGAAUCAAACUAUACGCGCAAGUUUGCAAGUACCAUCUUGCUCCAUAUCUAUCUACCCUGAAAAUUGACCGACAUUUACUGGAUCGCGACAAGACUGAUGAUAAAUCUAAGUCUGAUAGUGAAAGGUCUGGGUUUCCAUAUUCGGGCAACGAAGGAAGCAAGACAGGAACUAUUGGUACACCAACAUCAGAUACAGUAGGUACUCCAUCAGGCGAUGACGACCACGAAAGUUUCAGCGACGAACCCCCGACUAUUGUAGUGUACCUUGUCGACCCAUUCGUGAGCAGCAGUACGGCUGGUACGGGGUCAUACGUGGGACUACUGCGAUGCUUUGCWGAAAUGAUUCAAGGGUUGACAGAUGGAGUGAAAAGCAACAUAGUUCUUCAGGUGGUACCAUUAACACAAGUACUUCAAGUGGAUAACCUCAACAAAUCCAAAGAAACGUCCAUGAGUUUCAUAAUGCAGCUGAAGUGUAUGGCUUUCUCUGUGUUUUCACGUUGUCGCAAGACCAUCCAACUCAACACGAACGUCAAGUCACUGACGGGCUUUGGUCCAGCUGCUGGCCAGGAAGCUACAGUAAAGGACAAAGAGGGUGAUACAAUCUCCCUAAAGCUGUACUCAUGUCCGUACAUUUUGGACAGYCCAACCAACCCAGUACUCGAAAUCACCGACAGCAACAUUGAGAAAAUGGUACCCGCAUGUCAAUCUACUCUAGUGUUGCAUUGUGGGUACAUUCUGUCACGUGAUCAACGAUGGCUGCUGACCGUUUGUACUGACAGCACUGGAGAAAAGGUUGAAACUACAGCGAUAAGYGUGCGGCCGUCACUGCGAGAAGACGGCAAACCUUACAAGACGUCAUCAAGAACAAAAGCACUUACAAAAUUAUUUGAGUUCUGUGUUGGUGUGAUUGCCUCGAGUCUAUCGUCAUGGAGACUUGUGAUUUGUAAAUUGGGAAGGAUGGGACAUGGGGAGAUUAAAGAUUGGAAGGAAAUUUUGAGUAAAACGUCAAGUGAAAGCCGCGAGGCCUGCAACGCUUGYUCRUCCAUGCGCAGUGAUUUGCGGCCAACYAUAUUAGGAGCAACUGUCAUGGCCCUAGAACCUGAGCCUGCAGUCAGACUGUACAUGGCAAAAGGUCUUACAAAACCCUCAAGUCCACUGGAUUCAAGCCAUCAAAUCCCUGUAACAACCAUCUCCAGACCUGACGUUUCACGGACKUACAUCAGCGUCUUCUCGGCGGUAUAUCCUGCUAAAGGAACUAGUAAAACAGUAGACAGUAAAACGGUACCCAUAUCAGAAACAACAACUGAGACUGUCAUYACCGAUACUGAUAUCUUAUUGGCUGGUGCAGACGAUGAUCUCUUUCCAUUGUUAAACACGUCACCAGGGCUCCUCGGCUCUCCAAUGACGUCACCAAUGGAGGAGAACCAUCUUCCGUCAUCGCCUCUAACUUUAGUGACCAAUUUAAGCACGUCUCAGACUGUUGGUUCUCCGUUUCAACCCAUUGGACGAGCUUCUCCGUUUCAACCCGUGAACCAGUCAGUGUCUUCGCCAUCGAAGAGUAUCACACCGCUGACUGUUCGUGGGAAAACAGACAUUGACUCGUCAAUUCACCAACCCUUAGCUCAAGGCUAUGUAAUAUCAACUGUCCACCCUGGUAAACUACCGGAAAGCUUCUGGAUGAGUUACCCACACGCGGAGAAAUCUUACCCUGUAAUCAUGAGGGCAUCAAUGUUUCUGCAUUCUCCUGAGUUAAUGGAACUCGCUAAUGGCUUCCACGUACCAAAUCAUGAGYUGAACUCACUUGCGCACUGCGAUGUGCUUAAAUACAUCUUGCAGCAAUUCGAUGCGUUAUCGUGGCUAAAUAUAGAUCCAAUGUCACGUGACCGGCGGUCCUGCCUACCAGUCCACCUCUGUAUGGUGUCACAACUUUGUGACGCGUUCAUUCAUUUAAUAGAAAAACCCUGAAGAAUGACCAACAGUAGGAUUCUAAUUUAUCAAUUUUAACCGAAUUAUUGCCGUGAGCUUACAAGUCUUGUAAGCUGAUUAAUUGAAUUAUUUAUAAGACAAAUCAUCUUAGCUUAUGCGAUGGUUAUUUUUAGAGUUUUUAAAAUAUAGAAUACGGCGUGAUUAGAAUUUUAUGACCUAAGCAUUACAAAUUAUCGGUGAUUGAAUGUAUACUGACAAUUGUCCGUCAAUCGUGAUUUGAAUUCACGUUAAACAACUCGUCAAACGUGUUUGGAUGUUGCCAUGGCUACAAAGCCUCGCUCUUUCAUAUAUCUACCAUUCAAAUGUCUGUGUAUUCGUCUGUGUGUCUGUACACUCAAGUGUCUGUCCAGCUUUUACAAAUAUUAAUUGACCGAGUUGUGCUUGUAUUCAACAAUACUAUUAAGUUAGUUGGUCAUUGAAUAUAACUGGUAUUGUGUAAUGAAUGCACAGUUUAAUAAAGGGACUAUUUAUAACCCCUAAUGUAGAAAUAGUAAUAAUAAUAAUAAUAAUGACAUAAUGUAGAUAAUAUAACAAUUGACUACUGUAGAUAGAAAUUCCACAUCGAUAAAGUAAUACAAACUGUCCAGUCUAAUAAGAAUAUAUUUGAAAUUUGUACAUUUCUAGUAGUGAACAUCAACCCUCUGUUGUAGAGAGUAGAAUUUUUAUGUUGGACUAUUUCAUAAUAUUGAAUAUAGACAUUUUUUUAUUGUAAUAAAUAUAUAUAUAUAUACAUAUACAUAUAUAUUGUAAAACAGCCUAAAAUAAAUGUUAUUUACUUAUGAAUGGAAA